CAAAUUCAACGGCGACGCGCUAAGGCAGCCGUCUACCGAGCAGCGGAGAGCGCGUGUCGCGCCGUGUGUGCAUGCGUGAGACAGAGAGAAAGAGUGUGCGGUUUACGCAAAGCGAGAAUAGGCGAGCGAACGUGCGGUGCGUGCGGUGUGUGUCGGUCGCGCAUGUACACACACAUCAGUCGGUUGUUGUUCGGGGUGUCGAGAGUGUACUUGGUCCGGCCGCCGUAUGAUUUUUCCUUCCGUCGUGGGCCGCGCUUGAUUCAAAACCCAGAGGAAGCGUGCACACACGCAGUAUUUGCGCAAAGAGUGGUGAAGUCCGCGUCGCAAUCUCGGGAGGCUGUAGUGUGGCUGUGUGUCUCCCCCGCGGGAUCGAUGUGAACAGAAACCCUUUUUUUCGUGGUGUCGAAAGCGAGAGGAUUUACCCUCCCCGAAGAAUAAGGUAGGCGGCACGGGCAUUUCACGGGCAAAACUGUGUCCACCCGUGCACACACACACACACACACACACACACACGCAUACGCGCUGUCACACCUGUCCGACGGGACGGUGGAGCUCAGGGCAGACGAAGCACAAGCUGUGAAUUGAGCUUUUCCCGUGCAAAAGUGGUGUCUCGUGUUUUCGUGGAGUGUUGGGGCAGAGCGGCAACGGUGGUGUCGGCGGUGUCUGGCAAAAAGGGUUCUGGGGGAUUGGUGUGCGGACGUGUUCGGACGCGCGUGUGUGUGUGUGUGUAGGAUUGAUUGUGGUCUGGCGCGAGCGGUGGUGAAUUCAAGUAAGAUAAAACAACAACAACAACAAAAUAGGCAACUGAAAAACGCACCCCCAACAGCGUGCGAGCAGUGAGAAGAGGGCGGGCGAGUUUUGCCCCCAAACGAGAAGCGGCAUAGAGAAGAGGAAUGGAUCAGAGAGCGUAACAAGGCGGGAAGCGUUGUGGAAGUGAUCGUGUGUGAGAACGAGAGUUGUGCGACGAGCCAAAGUUACAAAAAAAAGGGAAGCGAAAAAAAAACACGCAGAGGUGGCCGGUUGGUUGGUGAAGGAAAACCGGAAGGGCGGGGAAAAAGAUGGCUCGCCAAAAUAAUUCUACGCGCCGCAGCGUCACCGGCCGCGAUGCUGUGCGAUCGAGCUGAUCGCGCGUCGACCACGACAACGACGACGAUGAUGAUGGCAAGUAAGAUGAAAGGCCAGCACCACCAUCACCACCACCACGGCACGGUCGCUUGGUCGUGAGAGAGGACGAUGGCGCAGAAGCAACGCGGCAGCAGCAGCAGCAGCAGUAGUAGUGAGUCGAUGAGCAAGGCAAAAGUGACCCCGCUCGACCCAGUGUGAGCGGCGGAGCAAAAGCGUGUGCGUGUGUUUGCGGAUUUGGAAAACAGCAUCACCUCGUAGAACAGGGCGGGGCAGAUCGGCGGAAAGGAAGGAAAGGAAGCCGGGAAAACCGGAAGAGGAAAGGAAGCGAGUGUGUGCGUGCGUUUGUGCGUCACUGUGAGUGCAUUGGAAGGGAGGGAAGGAAGGGUGGCGUGCGGGUCGUCGGGCAGUGCGUUCUUGUGUGGGGUUGCGUGAAGAAAAGUGCGUGAGAGAGUGGUGCGCGAAGGAAAGGAAAAUUCGAUCGCGCAUAAAACGAGCGGCCAAAGGAGCGCACUGGAAGAAGAAUACGAAGAAGAGAAAGAAGAAGAAGAUUGGAAUCUAGUGAGUGUGUGUGUGUGUCUCCAAACGCCAAUCUCACCACAACCCCUCAGCAAUACUACCAACGAAAAGUGAAUUGGCAUUGUGCAUUUUGAUUACGCGCUCAUUGGUUUGUUUGUUUUUGUGCGUGUUUCUGUGUGAGAGCGAGAGUGCAUUAGAAAUUGGCGCACAGUGUGUGCGUUUGCAAGCUUCCCAACAGUGAGGCGAAGGCCUGUGUUGGUGUGUGCGCGAGAGUGUGUGUUUUAGUAGGGCGGUACAUGCGGUGCGUGUAGUGGUAGUGCACACAGAGGGGCGCGCUAGUGUACAGCAAACAUGACGGAAUACGUGCCACCGCACGUCAUCUCGGUGCUGAAGACGUACCAGGACAAAGCGCCCCGGAGUCUGCACGGGCCGGGCCUGUCGCUGGUCCAUCCGAGCAAGGCAGGGGCGGCGACUGGGCCGGGUGGUGCGAUUGUGGUCGGCCGGGCGGAAACACCCGAUCACCUGGCGUCGCAACAUCACGCCCUGUCGCACCACGCUGGAGAGCCUUCCGGUGGUGGUGGUGGGCGGGCUGGAAGUGAUGAGGACGAGCUGCCACAGCCGCGACAGCCGAUGGGACCGCCGGUCCCGGGCGUCCCGAUCAUGACAACGCCCGACCCAGACUGCGGCAUCCUGCACAUGACGAUGCUGGAGGGCAAGCGGAUCGGGUGCUUUCUGCUGGGCGGCGAGACCCGGCUCUGUCUGCCGCAGAUCUUCAACAACAUCCUGAUGGACUUCAGCGUGGAGCAGAUCAACCGGAGCAUCCAGGAGCUGAUGAUCUACCUGUACAACUGCACCGACCAGCAGCUGGCCGAGUUCAAGCGCGCCAACAUCAUCCCGGACACGGCCAAGUCGUGCGGGCUGAUCACGCGCACCAACGCGGAGCGGCUGUGCAGCUCGCUGCUGCACCAAGCGCACGAGCUGCGCCCCCGGCUGAAGAGUGGCGGGCCCGGCAGCGCGCUGCUGAACGGAUCGUUCCGCGUGUACCAUCGGUGCUUCGGGCGGGGCGAGGGCCUGUUUCUGCCCGAGCUCUACAGCUACGAUGAGCAGUCCUGCAUCGAGUGUGCGGAGUGUCGGGGCCUGUUCUCGCCCCAGAAGUUCGUGUGCCACCAGCACGAGCCGCAGGAGAUCCGCACCUGCCACUGGGGCUUCAACUCGAGCAACUGGCGCUCGUACAUCCACGUGGCGGAGAGCGAGAAAAACCGGGAGGAGCAUGCGCAGGUGCUGGACAAGAUCUGGCUGAAGGAGCGCGAAAUCGAGCAGGAGCUGGAAGCCGAACGGGCCUUCUGGGUUGCAAGACGAAAGGCGGCCUGGGAAGGUCCGAUUCCCAUCAAAGCGGAACCACUGGACAUUCCACUGAAGAAACCAAAGCUUAUGAACGAUGCUGGAUCGAUGUAUCACAGUAGCAGCGGCAGUAGUAGUAGUGUUGGCAGCAGUCGGACACAGCACUAUGCCGCCCAGCAGCAGCAGCAGUUGCUGGUGCAUCCACAGUCCCACCUGCUGCACCAUCACCAGCAGUCGCAGCAGCAGACGAGUGCAGCCUUCCGGCCCUGGACCGCCCAGCAAAAGGCGCAAAAGUACGCGCAGCAACAGCAGCAGGCGCUGCUGCUGCAGCAGAUCGCACCGUACGCGAACGGCACCGGCACGACGAUUGUGAACGGCACGAUCCGACCGACCUCGCCCGGUGGCAGCAUUCUGGCGCUUAGCCAAGAGCCGCCGCUGCUCCAGAACCCGGAAAACGUGGUACCGAUGUCGGAGACGGACAAGUUCGAGCGUUCGUACCAGCCGAACGUAGCGCUAGUGCCACGCAAAACGAUCCUUUGCGGGAAGGAGCCGCCUGCGGUCUCUGUGACCGCUGUCCGCGAGCGGCGCGAGUACGAUGGCAACAAGGAUCGUUCCGUGAUCAAGUGUGAGAUGGUGCAGAUCAAGCAGGAAAGCCCAGCCACGCCACCAGCGAUUGCUGCCGGCGGUGGUGCAGCCGUCGAUGGAUCGAUGCGGUCCGUGAUCAAGUGUGACGUGCAGAUCAAACAGGAACGUUCCGGGACGCCCGCGUCGGCAGGCUCGGGACACUUGGAUCAUGGUGGACGAGGAGGCCGAGAAGACAACAGUCGCUCCCCGGGUCCACCGUCCUCGGCACACAUUCCCGUAUCGCCUCCACCACCGGCAGGAGCGAUCGCGAUCAGUACGAUCAUUGCCAAGCAGCAGCAGCAGCAACAACAACACCACCACCAGCAAGUGUCAUCGAUGGCAACGUACGGAAAUAGCAACAGCAACAGCCCCGUUCCGAUCGCGCUGGAUGCGCAGCAUUCCGGGUCGUCCGGGUCGAACGAGAUCACCUCGUCGACGUCACCACUACCACCACCGCCAUCAUCGAUCGUGGUGAAUAUGAACGGUGGAGGGGACGGCGUGGCGCGCGCACGGGAGCAGACGGGAGACAAGCCAAAGCUAGUGCUAAUAAAAGAACCGAUCAUCAGUCCACCGCUGAGCACACGGACGCCCACGGGUCGGCAUUCUCCACACGGCCAUAUGCUGCAACAGCAGCAAGGCGGUGGUUCCGGCCAUCAUUCGCAGCCAGUGUCCCCGCCGCCACCAUCGCACCACAGCGAGCACCAUCAGCCGAUGUAUCUGCACCACCAUCAGGUACUACAGCAGCAGCAGCAGCAGCAACAACAACAGCAGCAGCACUUCCGAUCUCAUCAUCCCGGCACGACGACCGCCGACACGAUCAUCCACCGGAACGGGCAUCCGGUGGUGGGCAACUCGGAGUUUGAGCUGUCCACCGACACGGACGAUGAUAGCCAGACCGGCGAACCGGACAGCAGCAACGUUCCCACGACGAUGGAGCUGAUCGGCGAGGUGCUGAAGGAGGUGGAAACGGAAACGAAGCAGCAGAUACUGAACAUCUUCAAGGUGCUGCUGCAGGAGAGCCGCGUCGAGCACCACCGGCUGCAGAUGGAGAUCCGCGCGAAGGAGGACCAGCUGAUGGAGGUGCAGCGGCACAACAUGGAGAUCCAGCGCCAAACGGACCACUUGCAGCAGCAAAACCAUCAGCUGCAGCUCGAGCUUGAUCGUGCGUUGCUGAAGAUUGAAGCGUUGCGCGAGCAUCAACACCAGCAGUCGCAGCUCCAUCAUCAUCAGCAGCAGCAUCACCACCAGCAGCAGCAUCACAUCAUGGUGCGGGAAACGCUAGGCGGGGUGGGUGAGUCCAGUACCUCCUCUACUCCGCCAUCGCCCCUGUCGCUCGUCAGCAACGGUAGCAACAGCAACCACAGCCAUCAGCUGAUCGAGCGGCGGAACAGUUUCCCGGAAAAGUCGGAAAUCAUCAUGAAGCCGCUGAAGAAGCUGCUCCGGCGCAGCCCGGACGAUGCGACGACGGUGCUAAUGUUGGCAUCGCCACCGCCCCAACCCACGGGCAGCCUGCCGCCGGCGCUUCCAGCCUGUCUGUCAAUUACGGCUACCACCGUGUCGGUGGCCCCGAAAGCGUCCUCCACCCAGUCGGACCCGGAAGCGGGGCGCGAAGCUAGUCGGCGGCAGCCUUCUGUCUCUCCGUCGCCGACGCUGAGAGCGGGCGAAUCGUCGCCGCCGCCUGCUGCUUUACAGCAGCCGCCGCAACCACCGCCACCACCACCACCAACAAGUGCCACCAUUGUACCUGCAUCACCGACAACGAUAACGGCCGUCAGUGCCGUGAAUGGCGGCUCGUCCACGGCUUCAUGCAUCACCCAACCGUCGUCGUCCGCCCUAGAGAACGGUACCUCGCCAUCACCGAUCGUUGUCGUUGUUCCGGUGAGCAGCAGUGGUGGCUCUUUGCCAAAAGAUGCUAGCGGCGGUUGUUCGCCACGACCGCCGUCGCGGGCUGGCUCACCGCGGUGUGACGGCAAAGGGCGACUCACUCCGGCGGAAGGCAACGAUAGCGGGGAUGAUCAGGAUGAGGAUGAACCGAUGGAAGAAUCAGUUGUUGCUACGGACUCUUCAAGGACUGUGGAGGUGUCAUCGGACGCUGCACCAGAGGGAACGGCCAAAGCGUCAGCGAUCAGUGCAGCGAAGGGCAGCGCAAUUGGGACAAGUACACCUUUGGGUGGUGCCAGCAAUCAGGAGAACGAUUCGCCGAACCGGUCCAAUCGAGGCAGCUCCAGCGGUGGCACUCCCAAAAGCAGCUGUGACAACUGAUAGUUGGUGAUCCGUUGGCGCUGAACCAGGGGAUGCCGCGGCAGCGGCGACGGCGGAUCGGUACAGCGCUAAGCAGCGAAACAGCGUAACCUAAAGUGUAGAGCGUGUCAUUAUCACCUUAAAAAUAUUAUUUAUCUUUGGUUACCAAGUCCGGUUGGCGGUGGAAGACAUGAGGGGGAUGCACACGCAGCUGAUGUGGUCCCCGUUUGCUAUCGGAACCGCGCACCAAGUGAAGCAUUUUCGUACGAUCCAUUCUCUCCAAACGUUUGUUUCGAGUUUUGUCCAAGCCAAAAUCAAAGUUUGUGUAUACUUGGUAUUCGUUUCGUUCCCACCUAAAUUAUUUAUACGGUACGAUUAUUAAAUAGAGGGGCAAGAGAAGGUAGGCCCAGCCCUUACGACGACUACGUGAACCUAUCUUGCGCGCAAACCAAACGUUCAUCCGCACAAACUGGAAAGCUGGUUAGGAAAGGCGUAUCUGGGAAAGGAUAGUUGAUCGCUAUGAACGAACAACGAACAGUCUUACUGAGCAGCGUGAUCGAUAGUAAUUGCCAAUGGUCACUUGAAAGAAGAAAAAGAGGGAACAAAUGGAAAAGCAUCGUCACAGGACAUGCCGCGAGCAAGAUUAGACAGGCAUACUUUUUUCCCCCUUCUCUGCUAUUUUCUAUGCUGUCCGGUAAUAGCGAUUAGGUCGGCAGCGCGCGCAGUAAAGUAGUUUUAAUAAUUUCUUUGAAUUAACCACUAAGUGGUUUUAAAUAUGGUAGAUUGUAGUGUCGAAAAACAAACCGAAACGACGCGGCAGUAAGAUGUGUGCUGUAAGAAGCGACGGUGUGUAAAGCAGUAACUCGUAAGUUGCUGUAAGAAUUCGCCAAGUACCGGAGACAAAAAAAAACUAGUUGCUAUCAAGCUAGGCGAAAUAGAACAACCCCGUGCAAGCGCAAAACGAUAUAGAAAACGUAGCAAACAAAAGAAGAAAAAAUAACGAACAACGUGCUGGCAAUGCACACACAGUGUAAAACAGUAAGUAACCCUCUUUACGAUAAAAGUCAGUCGAUAACUACUAUAUUAAAACCAACAAGCACAUAAGCAAAUGGAGAGGAAGAAAACAAAGAAACACACGCUAAACUAAAAAAACAGCGCAACAUAGUGAAGAGAUAAAGCGUAAGCAUGGAACCAUCUUAAACUUAAGUUUCAACUGUUUUUAAAACAAGCGUUUCAACAAGUUAAACCCUGACGAAAAAGCGUUUAAACAACCACAAAUAAGUAGUACCAGGCGUGAAUGCGAGCCGCACGUCCUCGGUUCGUCGAAGCAGAGGUUGUAGCGGGUUAGGCAUGGGUCAGGGUAGGUCCCGUGCGCCACGGACGAACGCGUGCAGAGUCAUCCCAUUGUAAAUAGAGCUGUCCCACUAGAACAUUUAAGCAAACAAACCCAUGAAUAUGCACCCUUGAAUGCACACUCACGUCCAGGAUUAUGCGAAUGUAGAGAGCAACAUUUCAUUCUACUUCCAAUGUAAAGCUGUUUGUUUUUGUUUUUACAUAUAAUUCCUUUUUGUAAAUUCUCUUGCCUCCUUUUGAUUGCCUUUCUUGUGCCUUCUUGUCUUGGAGGGCUUAGAAGGACGAGUAUUCGAAAGGAACUAGUGCCAGUUAUUGUAAUCGAUUCAAGCAGAACCUUUCAUUCGAUGAGAAAUUCCUCUGGCAGCGCGUUGUCAGUGCGUACGAUAUUUAUUUCGUUUAUUUUGGCCUCGUACUACAUUAAAUUAUAACUUUCGUUCUCAAAAUUUAUGCUCCUGUCUCUUACCCCUCUCCGUUGCGGAGUACUCCUCACACAGUACUAAAAUUCACCUGGUGGCGGGGAAGCAUGUUGCAAAGCGACACUACUCCUCCGAUCAUUAGUGCUUAUCUGUACGGCUUUCCUUUCGAUGGGGCAUCUCCAUCGAUCCUUUGCAUGGUAACCUUCACACACACACCUGUAUCUUUACCUUUAUUUAUUACAAGCAGUUCUGACAUCAAUGGUGUAUGUAUUUCCGCUUUUUAUUUACUUUAAUCUGCUUAAAGCAUCUAUCCUUUGGUUAAACUAAGUUUGAUAGGGAAGGAGAGUGGGUGCGUUCAAAACCAAGUUUUUCGAUCCAAAAAAAAAGAGCAUACUCAUACAAAAAGAAAAAAAAAGUAUGCUUGUUUCUGUACACUGCUUAUGCUUCCUUCUAUUCUAUUUUUUGUUUGUUUCCUGUCGAUCGGUCGAUCGGUGUGAGAGUUGGGAUAAAAUUCCUUCUAGCUUAAAGCUUUCUUUCCUUUCCCUCCUAUCCAGCGCGCAUACCCCGCUGGAUAAAAGAAUCGAGUCGAAACAUAGGCGUACACAAUAUUACUGUCGAUCUUAAGUGUAAUUUUGUAUAAAGAGAAAAAAGCGUAACUUUAAAUAACGAUAAGGUCCGUUAAGAAACAAACCAUGCUACUAGAGUUAGAGUGUGUAACUGAUUACAAGUAAAAAGGACAAAUCAUCCAAAACAAAACAGACGGAAAGGAGCCAUGUGUCCUUCUUGCGCGCUUGUGUGCUGAAUUGGUGUAUUGAGAAAGAAAAAAAAGUAAUAACACAAGAGUAAAACAACAAGUUGGUCCUCGAUAAGGUGCAAACAACGAAAGUGGACCGAAUUAACGACUACCACCACUACCAUCUAGUGUUGUGCACUAAUGUUCUGCCGCAAUGUUCUCAUUGAUUAAACGUACUUUUAUACGCUCGCAUCGCAAUAAUCUCUGCGUUUAUGUGUGUGUGUGUCGAACACCAGAUUCCGGGUUCGUAGUUCGCAAUCCCAUUUCGAGUAACUGCCAGUUUGAAAAGCAACAAGUUAAAAUUUAGUAAAAACGAAAGCAAAAGCAUAACGAGACGAAACGAAACUGUCACAACAACCGCGUCACGGCGAACCCUUUUCGUUAUUUUCAACUGUAAUAAAUGAAACAAAAUGUAAGCUUCUCAAGCUUUCCCGCUAGUGAAACUAUUAUGUGGUGUAAUGUUUCUUUCUUUUUCGCCUCCCCUUUUCCUGUCGAUAACACAUAUUGAGCCCGGUCCGGUUAGGUUGUUCGGUUUUGGUGACUGUAAUUGUGAAUUAACAUGCGCAAACUGAUAGACUAUAGACGAACUUAAGCAACCCAAACGCGAAACUGUUUGCCUUAUGCAUGGUGGUCGGAAAAAUGUUCAAGUAAUUGGUAAGGAUCGAGAUCGCCCCAAAUCCUCCGUUUGCCGGAUGGUGACAGCAACAAUUUUGCAUGGAUUCCGUUUCGUUUUCGUGUUUUGCUGUGCGGUUUUAUUUCGCUACGUGUUCUAUACUGGCAUCCUUCGCAUUGUGUAAUUGUGUGUGUAUGUGUGUGAGUGUAUGUACUUGAGAAAAACGCACAUCCAGCAAAAUGGUGGUUUCAUGUUAUACGAUAGAGCUGCUCUCGCUGCUACUCUGCUGUCUAUUGGUUCAGGGGGGCAGCGUGGACCUGACUGCUAAGCUCGUGGGGACGGCACGACAGGAAGGAGACUAAAAGCAAUUUAGUAACUUAAGCAAGCGGACUCGUUCACAACACGAAGGGAAACGCACUCACGCAACAUGUAAGGGAAGGAAAAAGGGGGACAGCAAAUUCAUACGCAUAAUGCAUCUCUGUGAAUCUUCUCGCUGGUAGUGCACCCUAGCACGACACGUGACACAAUAUACCGAACAAGAAAGCACACAAACACACACACAUACAAGAAAAAAGAGAAAAGUGGCGGUGCAAAAAAGGGGGUAACUAAAUACAUAUAACAAAUACAAUAAAUAAAUAAAUAAUUAUAUAGAUAUAUAUACAUGUACGAUUCACUAUCGUCAAGAUUCA